AUCUUGUGUUUUUGCAAUUAACAAUAUAUGUGUAUUCUUAUUUUAAGGAAGAUGUAGAUUCUUUCAUGAAACAGCCAGGAAAUGAGACCGCAGAUGUAGUGCUCAAGAAGCUGGAUGAACAAUAUCAAAAAUACAAAUUUAUGGAGCUUAACCUUGCCCAGAAGAAAAGAAGGUUAAAAAGUCAAAUUCCUGAAAUUAAACAGACACUAGAGAUCUUAAAACACAUGCAAAAGAAAAAGGAAUCUACAGAUCUGAUGGAAACCAGAUUCUUACUGGCAGAUAAUGUCUACUGUAAAGCAUCAGUUCCUCCUACAGAUAAAGUUUGUCUCUGGUUAGGGGCCAAUGUUAUGCUGGAAUAUGACAUUGACGAAGCCCAGGCACUGCUAGAAAAAAAUCUUAGCACAGCUACAAAAAACCUCGAGUCCCUAGAAGAAGAUUUGGAUUUCCUUAGAGAUCAAUUUACAACUACAGAAGUCAAUAUGGCCAGAGUUUAUAACUGGGAUGUAAAGCGAAGAAACAAGGAUGAGCCUGCUAAGAACACGGCAUAGUUCUGCUAGUUUUAAAUACGGUUUUGUUUUGUCUUGUUUUUAAACUACCGUUCGGUUCGGCCUUUGUUGGACUGUGUUUAAUUUAAUCUGUUUGGUUGUUGACAUAAUGGCGAGCAUCUUUGUUUUUGUUUUGUUUUUUUUUACUUUUUAAAACGGGCAAAUCUUAUUUGAUCCCAUGCAUGCUUCAUGCGAUUGGCUUGUUGGAAAAGGAGCCACCACAGUAUGUAGUGAAGAAGCCCCUCAUCAAUCUGGGGUUUGAGUCAGGGGCAGUACAACGGGUCACUUUGCAAGGCACAGACACUCUUGGAUGCUUAGGAUUUGUUAAAGAGGCCCACAGAAUAUAUCUCGGGGACAAACAUGCAGCUGGUGUGACAAGAGUGUCAGGGAAUUGAAUACAUCCUUGUGCUUUUGGCAAAUGACCCCUUUAAUCUCGCCCUCCAGACGUUCUCUGUUUGAUUCUGUUCUGAAGAAUGGCUCAUCUUGGUACUUCAAAAGAACACAAUUGGCUUUCGAAAGGUUAAAUAAUAAAACACUGACUCCUGUUUGUGGUCGUAGUUGGUUCUGUGUAUACGUAAAUAUCAAAAAAUAUCAAUUUUUUCAAACGGGCAGCCAGAAUUUUUAAUAUUUUGCUCCAUUUUACUGGCACGCUGGCCAUUCCUCCUGUUUGGCCCAGAUGUCUCAACUCUUGCAAAGAUACUUGCUGCAACCUCUGGAACGUAACUGGUGUAGGGCAGCUCAGCUGUGUUUUCAGGUUGAACGUUAUUCCCAUGUUGCUUAUUAAGGAAGCCUGGCGAAAAUGUUGCCUUGACACCUUUGCUUUGAAGCACACCUCAUGGCCAAAUUAGCGGUAUAACUAACUGCUCAGAUUUCACCUCACCGUUCAGUGCAAAUGUUAACUGGCUUCUAGUUUCAUUUAAUAAACAAUACCUGUAAAGUU